AUGCAGCCGACGACCCUGGCCCUUCUGAUCCUUCUGCUGAUGCGGACCUCAGCCGUGACGAUGCUGGGUUUCGUUGGGAGCAUCACGGAAUGGCUGCUGCUGCACAUCCCACUGGACGUGCACGCGCUAGUCUGGCUCAGGGUGCUCGUGCUGAUGCUGCCACACAAACGACCCGCCACCAGGUCUGCCUGCAACAAGCUAUUCCUGUCGCCCCUGCCGGUUGGCUGGCCCCUGGAGCGUGGGUGGCUGCAGGCGCGGCCCCUCCAGCUCCGCAAGAUGCUGUCUUUCGUGCCCACCGUUCGCGUGGCGUUGAUCUGCAUGAUGGUCCAGAUGUUGGCGUGCCUGAUGAUUUCACUCCUGCCCACCUCUCGCGUGGUGCUGCUCUACAUGAGGGUCCAGAGGCAGACGUGCUUGCCCACCUCCCGCGUGGUGUUGCACAACGUGGUGAAGCUGGAUGAGCACGGGGAUGUGACAGAUGUGCUCGGCCUGGACCUCGACGACCUCUGCGUCCGCGUGGCCCUGCUCGAGGGUGCGGCGAGGAAGCAGGCCGAGGAGUGCGCGACGGACUGCCUGCAGCUCCAGAUCCAGUCGCUGCGGCAGGAGGCGGUGGAGGCGUUCACGAAGACGCAUACGCUUGCGGCGGAGGUCAUAGCGCGAAGGACGGUGGAGGCGGUCACUCCCGUUGUUGAGCGCCUGCUUCGCGUGGAGAAGGCCUUCGCCAACGCUGAGGCCAAAGCGAAGCAGGAAGCAGAGGAGAAGACCACGACGGACGCAGGCGCCAAGGAGAAGGCCUGGGCGGAGGCCUAUGAGCUGCUCGUGCAGGCCGAGGCCGUUGCGAAGGAGGAUGAAGCAAAACCGAAGACCGAAGCUAAAGCGAAGAAAAAGAAGAUUGUCCGUCGUACGGGUGCUGACCGACGAUGGGAUGCUUCACUGAAGGACGCGAACGCCGCUGCCAAGGCCUAUCUGUCCACCGCCAAUGCGAAGCAGGACGAGAAGCUCCACGACGUUGCCGCCAGAGCCCAGUGCCCUUUUGUGGUCGGCGCGGGCACUGAAAAGGGCACCAGCAUGAGCGGCGCCCCCAUGGAGUCCAAGGGCCUGGACAAGGUCCCGGGGGACAUGGACUCGGGCGUGGCCGAGCCGUUCCUCGGGCGCGUGAUCAGCGCCAAGCAGGCCCGCGCCGCGAUGCUCUCCCUCGCUGGCUCCGAGAAGCAGCGCCUGCACAUCGCGACCAUGGAGCUCCCCGACGAGCUGGACCUGCUGACGCUCCAGGAGAAGGCCAAGGCCAUCUCCCUCCCC